CCACACACACGCACACCGCAAGGCCGCACUCGUGUGCGCUCAUGGUCACCAUUUGUGCCGCUUUGCAACAUGAGACUUCCACGCCAGGUGCCACCGGUCGAAGCAACGAGAAGGUGACAGUGAUCAGGAUGACGGCUCCGGCUCCUCAGACUUUACAACCGGCGGCGCUCCAGAAGCCCCUGGUUAAGGUGAUCGGCGUGACUCCCAAGCCAGCUUCUGUUCAAACGCGCGGCGUGGAGCCUGAACACCGGUCCGUCACCGUGGAAACCAAAAAGGAGCCCCCACCCACGUUUAGUCAGGAGACACUGGAGAGCGUGAAGAAGUGUAAGAACUUCCUGGUGACGCUGAUGAAGCUGGCGUCCAGCGACUCCAAGUCAGCCAACAUGGCCAACAACGUGCGAGGCCUGGUCAGGAGUCUGCUGGAAGGCAGGAUAGAGGCGGAGGAGUUCACCGAGGCGCUCUAUCGGGAGCUGAAGUCCACGCCGCAGCCGUGCUUGGUGCCGUUCCUCAAGAAAAGUCUCCCAGCAGUGCGCCGCCUCACCGCAGACCCUCAGGUAUUCGUCCAGCAGGCCUGCUCCUCCUCCUCCUCCUCCUCCUCCUCCUCCUCCCUCUGCGGCCCUGCGGUGAAGAAGCCCAAUGUGAACCCAGCUCCAAAUCCAAGAUCCCUCUAUCCGGCGUCAAGUGGCACAGGCGUGUCGACCCAGUUCAGAGCUUUGACCUCCAAGAACUUGAGAGUCUCCUCGACCCCUAAAGUCACCCCAGUCCAGAUUGUACUAGGUGGGCUCUCUAUGAAGCAAGCGUUUGCUCGAGAGCCUCCGUGCGCCACCAAACUUGCUUUCAGGGACCAUUCAGCCUCGUACAAAGAAGAUGACGACAUCAACGACGUGGCGUCCAUGGCGGGCGUCAACCUGCGCGAGGAGAAUGCUCAGAUCCUGACUAGCGCGGUGGGCUCGGUCGUGCAGUCGUGCCAGGAUCAGCUCUUCUUGUCUCCUGGCCCCGUGCUGGGCCGGAUCCUGUGCACGGGACGCCCGCUGGGGGUGAGCCAAGUGGGCCCAGAAGCGGUGGCUCUGGUUUCUCACGCCGCCCAGGAGUAUCUCCGCGGCCUCCUCCAGAAGCUCCGCGUGAUGGCGGAGCACCGCAAGAGGGCGCUUAAGGAUGACCCGUUUCAAGCCAAAGUGAGCGACGUCCGCUCGCAGCUGCAUUUCCUGGAGGAGGUGGACACUUUGAGGAAGAAGAGGAAAGAUGAAGAGGAGCGGGACAAGAUGAUGCGCUUGGCCAGGAGUCGCUCACACACUGAGGAUCCUCUGCAGCAGCAGCUCAAGCAGCGAGCCAAAGAGUUGCAACAAAUGGAAGAAGCUCAGCAGCAGAAACGAGAAGCCAACCUCACUGCUCUGGCGGCCAUCGGCCCCAGGAAGAAGAGACCGAUCAGUAACACCGAAGGCCAGGUGUCGCUGGCGCCCAGGCAGGCGGUCCAUCGCGUGAGCCGCGUGAUGCUUCGUGACCUGCUUGUGUGUAUGGAGCAGGACCAGUUCCUGCGACGCUCUCUCACCUUCUACAAAGCCAUGCUCUGACCUCGUCCAGCCAUUCCAAUCAUUACAACUGGAAUGCAGUGGUGCCCUCUGCCCUUAGAUACGUGUAUGGCAAAUACUCCUUUCAUAAAAAUAAAUAAAAUAAUAAAGCCACCAAGGAUGCCAAGCUGCAACUAUGUUGCUCUUGUUGCGUAUGCCAAAAUAUGGUUAGCCUGUCAAUAGCAUUUUGAGCUAGCACGGUUGUUUAUGCCCAGUGUUUCAUUUUCAGCUUGACGGUAAACUUGAGGACGUGUUUUCUACGUGCCAAACAAUUGCUUAUUGUAUCUCAAAUUUCCACUCUUAAACCAAAGCAAAACAACGACCGAGGAAAGGCUUGUUUGAAUUCUGUUAGUCAGUUUAAAUUUACAUAUUGAAAUGAUGUAUUUUGUGUUUGUCAAAUGACUUUUCAAGUUUUUGUGUUCAGAAAAGAAGACCCCAGACAGGUCUAUAAUUAGCAACAAUCCAACAAUUAGCAACAAUGUUGUGUUGAAGCUCUCUUUAUGUUCUCUAUUUCAUUAAAAAAAAAAAAUGUCCACAAGCAUUUUGCGUCAUGUUGUAAAUAAAA